AGCCCCCCCCCCCCCUCCCCUAUCUCUUUACAGGACUGCCAGCCCUUCUACAGUUAUUCCAGGAAUGCGUUGAACAUGGCUGCCGCGAUGAGGGCGCAGAAAACGGGACUGCUGGAACUUCGAGUGACCGUGGACCGCUGGAUCCGGGUGUUGGCCACUCUCACCGAGGACGCGCUCACGGUCAACCCGGGGGAGGGCGUCGAGGAGCCCGCCAAGCCCGCCAACCCGAGCGGUCCCGCCGGUGCGAUCAACGGAGACCCGCCGAACCUGAGCUCGUCCCCGGUCCCGGAGACCAUCACCAACGUGAAGCGCACCGUGCGAGUUACCAAGCAGGACGUCGGAGGACUCGGAAUCAGUAUCAAAGGUGGGAAGGAGAACAAGAUGCCCAUCCUCAUCUCCAAGAUAUUCAAAGGCCUCGCUGCUGACCAGACUGAGGCGCUUUAUGUGGGUGACGCCAUAUUGUCUGUCAACGGUUAUGACCUACGGGAGGCCACGCACGACGAGGCUGUGCAAGCGCUGAAGAAAACCGGCAAAGAAGUCAUCCUUGAAGUGAAGUACAUCAAGGAGAUGUCGGCUUUCUUUAAAAACUCGGGGUCCCCUGGGGCCACCCUCCCCUGGGACUCCCCCCCCUCCACGCCCCACACGGGCACCGAGCUCUCCCCCGCUGAGGUGAAGGAGCCCCGCAGCAUCCCGCUGAAGAUGUGCCAGGUGUCGCGGAAACAGUGCCCCCCCGACACGGAGAACAGGUAUUUCGAGGUGAUUUCGUCCAGCAGGAGGAACUCUGUGUUCCUGCGGGCCAAAGACCCGGCCGUGGCUCAGUCCUGGUACAACGCCGUCCAGGCCGGCGCUGCCAGCCUCCUGCCGCGAGUGAAGGAGGAGAUGAGGAGCAUGCAACAGGGAGUGGAGGUCAAACAUCUGGGCUGGAUCACAGAGCAGGUGAGCCAGGGUCCAGAGAAACCCGUCCUGGCCAUGCUGACCGACCGAGACCUGCUCCUGUAUCCCUCCCUGCCGGAGAGCAAAGAGAGCCUCGGCAACCCCGCCAAGAGCCACCCGCUCAUCGCUACCAGACUGGUCCACUCCGGCCCGGGGAAGAGUUCUCCCCUCCUGGACUCUGACCUCUCAUUCGGCCUGCGCUCGGGCACCAAGCAGGGCGUAGAGACCCACGUGUUCAGGGUGGACUCUGCCAAGGAGCUGUCCACCUGGACUCACCUGGUGGUGGAGGGCUGCCACAACGCCGCUGAGCUCGUCAAGGAGGUCACCGCGGCCUGUAGUUGGAAUGGGAAGGAGUGCACCUUGGGAGUCCACAUUGAUGAGGGUUUCACACUAUUUACACAAGAGAUGGGUGUCAGGAAAAGCAUCCUGCUGCAGCAGCCGUUCGAGCGCCUCAGAAUGUCCUCAGAUGACGGCGUUCGCAUGAUGUUCCUCGACUUCGGGGGGCAAGAGGCCGAGAUUCAACUGGACCUCCAUUCUUGCCCAAAGACCAUAGUCUUCAUCAUCCACUCUUUCCUGUCUGCCAAGGUCAAGCGACUGGGGCUCCUGGCAUGAUCACAGUCAACCAUCUGGUACGUCAACAAUAGGAAUAUUCAAUAAAUCACAGAGCCAGAAGACUCUGGAACACCAGAGGAUGCAGCCUGGGAAAAAGGUGCCGACUCACCACUUUCUUUCAGCCCUCUAAAGGAUCCUCUCCGGUCGGGAACCUGUUGGUCUUUCUAUGGGAAGGGAUAGACCGUCGAGUAAAGGGGAGUGCUCAGCAGCCACUAAAGGGGUCUCGACAUUUGUCAAGUCUUUUUUCGGUUGGUUUGUCACACGUCAUGGUGGCAAACUGUGCAACACGACAUCCUGCAUCUUACUGUUUCCAAGCUGGAAAUACCAACUAUUUCCUGUCAUUGUUUUGCAAAAGCUUUUGCUUUGUUUCAUGAGUCAUGAUUGGGCCUUGGCACUGAGCGUCCUUUCAUCAUCUUUCAAUAGUUGCUUUAUGCGCUGUCAUAACAAUAAGUUAUUUCACAAAUGUCCUGAUUGAUGUUGGACAAACUUUUUUCUUCUUCUUUCUUUUUAAACAAAGGCAGCUUUAGUGGACUGACAGAAUGAUGUGACCGAUCAUUACGUAAUCAAUAAUCUGAGCUGAACAAUGAACAACGAUAAUGUUUGCUUUUUAUGUUCCAAAUAUCAAACAAAAUGUCCUGUGCAUUGCAGCUCAGCAACUUGUUAUUUUAUUUUCCUCUCUUCCCUGUUUUGAGUGUGCUCAUCCAUGGCCUAACAAAAAGAAAUGCCUAACGCAUAUCAUUAAAAUAUCAUUUUUUUCUGCUAGUUGACAUAGCUUAAUCAAUACAUCUGAGAAGAAAAGACUCCUUCCUUGGACGUCCGGCAGUGUGACUCUGCGUUAUCUUUCAUUUCAACACACAUGAAGCAUCAAAUGAGAGCUGUUGUGUUUUUAGAGUUGUGUGUUGAUGGAUGACACCUAAACCUCUAAUCCCGUAUGUACAAUACAAGCACAGAUUUUACAAUAUUGUUUGUCUUUCUGCCCGUUUCUGAAUAAAUCAAAGCGAGGAUGAACAGUGUUUAUCAGAAUCUACCGAUGGUCUCCGUUCUACGCAAAUGUCCACAUUUAGAUUUGUUAUUUUACCAUUUAGAGGUGUUGAGUUGUUGUUUUUUGUAUUUUCAUUUGUGUCGACUGAACAUCCACAACUAGGGGCCUUCUCUCCGUGUCAAACACUAAACAGACUUGUAUUAAUAUAUAUUUAAAAAACUAAUACCUGUUGGCUUUCAAGAAUAAGAUGCAUUGUAUAUUCUUAUUUAAACAAAGGUGUGCCUUGCAGAGUUGUUUGUAUAUAAACAUGUAAUAAACUUUGUUAACUUUUA